AAAAUGGCAUCUGCAACUUAAGAAAAAAAAAUUAAAAAAAAAGAGAAAGAAGAACAAAUACAAAGUAAAUCUCUAGGAAAUUUUCAUAAUUUGGAAUUAUUAUGCAAAGCAGAUGAUAGAUAAAAAAAAACAUUAGAAAAGAUAAUUAAAUAAAAACCAGACUUAGCAAGAAGUUUAAACAUUUAUGCAGAUGGAGUUAAAUAUUACAUAGCAAGAUAAUAAUAGAGAGACAAAUUAUUAGCAGGAAAAGACAUACCUUUAAUGGAAGUUUCAGAAGAAUAACUCUAAUAACCAUCAUUACCUCUUAUUUCUAAUAGACAAAUGCCAAGGUAAUUCAAACAAGAUUUCUUUCAUCCUAGAUUGUUGUCUGAAAGUUUAGAAAAAUAAAAUAAAAGAUAAAUCAAUCCAAAUAGCUACACACCUUUUGCAAAUAGAUAAAGAGUAGCAAUUCCUGCAUUAAAUCCCCCUUUAAAAUUUAACAGAGAUAGAGAUCUACCUAAAUUAAAGGUACAUUUCCUACUUAUUUUAAGUUUAAUUAUUAUGUUGGACCUGGAAAUAAUGGUGAAUUAGUAAAAAAAAUUUUAUAAAAACGUGAACAAUAUUGGACAGCUGUGCCAUUAACAUUUUAAUAUAAACAUUUUAUAUGGUAGCAAUCAUACUUUGGUAUGGAUUUUAACCGUUUAACUUAAUCAGAGAGUUAAUUUGCUAGAGUUAUGUAUAAUUUUUUCGAAUUUCAUAAAAAUAUAACAUCAAAGACAGGUACAUAUUAGAAUUAUUUUAGGUUUAUCUUAAUCACUGCUUUAAUAUUAUAAUAAUAUUGAGAAAACUUUCGAUAUUAUACCUUUAGUUUUUAUAUUUAAUUUUAAAAAUUAAGAUUGGAUGAAAGAUAUUUUGCAAUUUACAGAAUUUUAUCAAAUUAAUAAUCCAAUAGGAUAAGCAAGUAUAAAAUCUACUUUAGAAUUUGAUUUUUAUGUAUCAAAUUUGGCAGGUACAAAGGUUAAUUAUAAUGGAAUAAAAUCUUAUAAAUUAUAGGAAACUUUGACUAGUAAAACAUAAUAUUUAUGGCUUUUGAAACCAGCUGAUUGGAAUAGAGGAGAAGGUGUUCAUGUAUUCAGCACUCUUGAAGAAGUUGAAGCAUUAAUCAAGUCAUACUAUUAUGGUAAAGGGAACUAUGAAUGUAAAGAGUUUAUAAUUCAAAAAUAUAUUGAGAGACCAUUGUUGUUGAGUGGAAGAAAAUUUGAUAUAAGAUGUUGGGUUUUAAUAUCAUAAGAAAUGCAAUUUUUUUUGUUUAAAGAAGCAUAUAUUAGAACAAGUGGAACAGCAUUUUCAUUAGAUAAUGUAUAUUUAGGAUUAAUUCUAAUUAGAAAGAUAGAUACAUACAUUUGACAAAUAAUGCAGUUUAAAAGAAUGCACAGAAUUAUGGAUAAUUUGAAGAUGGUAAUUAAUUAUCAUUGAAGAGAUUUUAAUAAUUAUUAGAGUAAAUAUAAAAUUUAAAAAUAGUUAAUAAGAGACAACCUAUAAUUUUAGAAAGGAGGGAUGGCCAAUGAUUAAAGAUGUAGUAAAAAUAACAAUGAACUCAACAAGAUUGAAUAAAAGAAAUAGAAAAUAUGGGAUGCAAUUAUUAGGAUAUGAUUUUAUGAUAGAUGAAAAUCUUAAGUUAUGGUUAAUAGAAGUGAAUGCAAAUCCUUGUUUAGAAGAGAGUUCAAAUUUAUUAAAAAUGUUAAUACCUCGAAUGUUGGAUGAUGCAUUUAAAUUAACUUUGGAUAAAGUAUUUACACCUGAAGUAGAUUUUGGAUAAUGGUUGCCAAAAUAUAAGGUUGAUGAUUAUGAAGAUUAAGAAAAUAUGUGGGAAUAAUUAGGAUUUUGCAAUUGA